CCGAGGAAAGAUUCACCCCGAGGAAGAUUCGACCUACUCAUUAAACAAGCAGUGUCCACAACACACUCCUGUAAUAUAUUAUACGGAUCUAAGCCAUUACCUGUGGAAUCGGAGAUCUUCUCUACUACCAAAAUACGCAGAUUCAGGGAAGCAGGAAUUUGCAAAUGGCGUUGGGAGAGGAAGAAUUUCUGGCGUGCUGUGGGAGCGCCAAGUUCGCGAAGUUAAUGGUGUCCGCCGGACCAUUUUCCAAUUAUCAAGAAGCCGUCGAUGCUGCCAGAGAGAUAUGGUUCAACAAAGUGGAUGUCAACGGAUGGCUGGAAGCGUUUGCUGCUCAUCCUCGGAUCGGCGAAAGCCCUCCACAGAGCCACAAGAGUCCAACCUUUGCGCAGUGGAGCAAGGGUGAGCAGUCGACUGCAUUAACUACUGCUACGGACUCUACCUUGCAGGAGUUGCAUGAGUUGAAUGCUCGCUACUGGCAGAAGUUUGGAUUUGUUUUUCUCAUAUGUGCAUCCGGAAGAAGCACCCCAGAGAUUCUUUCAGAGUUGAAAAGACGAUAUCAGAACAGACCAAUAGCUGAGUUUGAGAUUGCAGCCCAAGAACAGAUGAAGAUAACUGAAUUACGCCUCGCCAAACUUCUUUCACCUGAUACAGCUGCUCCUUCUGGUGCCAAAAUUUCGUCUAAUAUGGACAUGGCGACAAAAGCAGGAGAAGAUCGCGUGACUGUCAUCGGGGGACAUCUGACGCCAACACCCCCACCGGGGCACACCAGGACACGGCCACCGAUCACGACCCACGUCCUCGACACAGCAGCCGGCCGUCCAGCUGCCGGCAUCGAAGUCCGUCUGGAGAUGUGGGAAGACCCCCAAUCCCGGCCACUAUUUCACCAGAUCGAUUCAAACUGCUGGAAGCUUCUUGGAUCCUCGACCACAGACAAAGACGGGCGCAGCGGUCAGCUAAUGAGCAUAUCAGAUGCUCUGAAUCCCGGCGUGUACAGAAUCAGCUUCGACACAGGGAAGUACAAUCCGGAAGGCUUCUUCCCCUACACAGCAAUUGUGUUUGAGAUCCGGGAGUCGCAGAAAUGGGAGCACUUCCACGUCCCGCUGCUGCUUUCGCCGUUUUCAUUCUCGACGUAUCGCGGGAGCUAAGGUACGUUGUAAUAUUGCAGAAUCUUUCUUGUUAGUUUGUAGUUAAAUCAUUAAUCAAUGGUUUUUGAAGUUAGUUAUUACAAAAUGGAACAAGAAUUGGGGUUUUCGUCACUGAAGAGCUGAGGGGCAUAGACAUAAUGUAUGAAAUAAGGUUUGGCUUCGACUUUCUUAACCUCCUCAAACUCUUUCACCACUUUUUGGUCUCCAUCAUCUUCUGUUUCUUUCUUCUUCUUAACCUCGACUUUAGUUUCUGUCUUCUUUUCUUCUUGUUUUUUAAUCUCUGCGUAUUUGUGGAGUUUCUUUUUCAUGUAUGCAACGAGCUUUUCGUUUUCGAUCACACCUUCUACUGUUAUGGUCUGAGCUUUCAUGUCUGUCUUCA